AUGAAAUCCACCAUCUUCGCCGUCGCGGCUUUCGCGGCUGCCGUCUCGGCCCAGACAUCCUCUGUCUGCCUUGCCCAGCCCAUUCUUGAGCAAUGCUUAGUGACUACCCAGUAUUACUUGGAACUUUGCACCUCGACCGAUUAUGCCUGUCUCUGUGAAAAGUACACAUCUAUCUUGACAUGCUUCGACAACUGCCCUAACGACUCGAGAGAGUCCGGCGCCAGCCAACAGAAGCAGCUUAACUGCAUGAACGCAUCUGUCUACUCCUCCCUGUCUGCCACGACCACCAGCACAUCUCCUGGCACUUCUGCGGUAGCUGCCACCACCACCACUACGGGCACCUCCACGUCUACCCGCGCCUCCACUACUAGCACAAGUGGACCUACUGGAACCAGCACGUCCACCUCCUCUGCCUCCACGUCCAGCCAGUCCAAUGCUGCCGGUGAGCAUGCUAUCGGCGGUUCGGGCAUGUUCGCCGCCAUUGCUGCUGUGGCCGCUCUACUGUAA